UGGGCACCAUUUCUUCUCCUACACCUUGGUGGCCCGGAUACCAUCACUGCUUACUCCUUGGAAGACAAUGAGUUGUGGUUAAGGCACUUGCUUGGUCUAGUUGUUCAAGUUGGAGUGGCUUUUUAUGUGUUUCUGAGGUCAUGGGCAGGAACUCGACUCACAUUUCUAUCCAUUCCAAUGUUUGCUGCUGGAAUUAUCAAGUAUGGAGAGAGGACUUGGGUUCUCAUGUCUGCAAGCAACAAUCACUUGAGAGAGUCUUUGCUUCCAUCUCCCGAUCCUAGACCGGAUUAUGUUGAAAUCAUGAGAGAAGCUACAACGAUUGUAUUUCACAAAGAUAAGGGCGACAUUACUAGUCCUGAUGGAAAAUAUAUUGAUGAAGCUUACUCCUUAUUCAAGAACCAAUUCCGGCAUCUAUAUGCAGACCUCAUCCUCAGCUUUAGUGACAGAAAAAACAGUGAGCCCAUCAUCAGGCACCUGUCACCCGAAGAGGCCUUCCAAGUGGUAGAGAUGGAGAUCAGUUUUAUGUAUGAUGUGCUCUACACCAAGGCAACUGUGGUUUAUUCUCUCCUGGGCAUUCUUCUCCGCACUGCCAGCUUCUUCUCUACUAUUUCUACCUUAGUGAUCUUCUGCUUCUUCAUCGAUAAGCAUGAGUUCUCAAACAUUGACAUCAACAUUACUUACUUAUUACUCUUAGGAGCUAUUUUUCUAGAGAUUUAUGCUAUCAUUAUGCUGAUUUUGUCUGACUGGAGCAUCGUCUGGUUGAGCAGUAAGAAGAACUCCCUCACUGAUUCCAUUUGCCAGGCCAUCACCCCUUUUCGAUCAGUUUUAACCAGUGACAAGAGAUGGUCUAGACGCAUGGCACAGAACAACUUAAUUAAUUCUUGCCUCAGAGACAACACUAAGUUCAAUCAGGUUUCCAGGUUCUUUGACAUGAACAGAUUCUUAGAGAGGUACUGGUACAUGAAGUGGGAGAAGGUGGAUGACAUGAAGAAACCCAUCUUCAGCUUGCUUCUACAGAUGACAAAUCAUGCCAAGGAUCUCAGGUCACUACUAAAACACAGAGGCGAUUAUGUGAUUACGAAAUGGGGGUUUAUUGAGACACUUGGUUGGAGUGUAGUUGAUGUCGAAUUUGAUCACAGCAUCCUCCUUUGGCAUAUCGCAACAGAUCUCUGUAGCUAUUCUGAUGAGGACCCCAAUCCUAAAGCAAGAUGCAAAAUAAGCAAAUGCUUAUCCAAAUAUAUGUUGUAUCUGCUAGUCAUGUGUCCAUUUAUGCUGCCUAAAGGGAUAGGGGAGUUUAGGUUCCGAGACACCUGUGCAGAGGCCAAAAGAUUUUUUCAACAAAAAAGCGAGUUUAUAUCUACCAAAAAUGAAGCUUGCAAAUUGUUGCUUCAAGUUAACACGAAACAUGAGCCCAGAGAAGUGAAAGGAGAUAAAAGCAAGUCAGUGUUAUUCGAGGCAUGUAGGCUUGCCAAAAUGUUGGAAUCUCUGGAAAUGAAGGCUGGAGAGAAAUGGGAGAUGGUAAGCGAUGUGUGGGUGGAGAUGUUGUGUCAUGCUGCCACUCAUUGUGGGUGGAUUCAACACGGUCAGCAACUUAGGCGGGGCGGGGAGUUGCUCACUCAUGUGAGCCUACUCAUGGCACACCUCGGUUCAGUGAGCAAUUCCAAGUAGCGGAUGGUGAA